GUCACGGUCCUGCGUAUGUUGUUAUUCGACUGAAGAAGGGUUUGUGUUUUAAAACACUAGCGUUAUUUACAUAAAUGUAAACCUUUUAACAUUAAUCUUAGUUUUACAAGCGAUAAUUAAUUAAUAUUGACUGUAACUGUAUAGCUUUAUCUAACGAUUAUGUAAAUUACACAUGAAUUUGAGCGAGUAAAGCGCAUCGACCGUUUUUUAGUUUUUAAUCAGUUUAUUAGAAACACGAAUUCGCUCAUUAGUGAUGGAGGAAACAAAUCAGUUUAAUCUCCUGCUUCCCAAAACUAUUCUCCGUUUCUAAUCGCUCAUGCUGAACAAAACAGUGUAAACACAAGCGUGUAUAAUAAUGACAACUUUUACUAAUCCAUGGCAAAUGUUUUGAUGAAUGUACAAUCGGAUUAAAUGUGAUUUAAUCACAAUGUAAAUGCGUAAGUGUCAAAAUAUUAAAUGUCUGUCAUUUGUGUUUUAAUUUGCUGUGGAGCCAGUUUUUAUAGUUUUAGUUAGUGGUUUUAGGAUUUGGCUGUAGUUCAAUACUUUUAGUAGUUUUUUAUAAAUGUAUCUUAGAAAAAAACAUGACUGGUGUGCAUCUUGAGACAAAACAAAGGCACUGACACAUUUUAAGAUCAGUCAGUGUAAGUUUCUUUCUGGAGAAACCGCUCAGACUGUGAAACUGUACGUGUGUGAAUUACUGUUACUCUAUAGGUAUGUGACAAAAAAAAUCAAUACUAGAAAAUUAAUAUAUAAUCAUAACCAUAUGAUAGAUAAUAAAAAUAACUUUAAAAUGUUUUUUUAAAUGAUUAUAAUUGGAUAAUUAUUAAGAAAGUUAUGGAAUUUUUAAAUUUGGAAAUUAGGGGUCAUUUUUUUUUACCUAAUUAUAACAAUAAAACAGUGAAAAACUGUGACCUCUUCCGCUUGAUUAAACACUUCAAAACAUCAUAACAUCCUCAUUUCUUGGUCUAUUUGCAUAAUUCAAACACCACAGUGUAGGUAAUAAAUUGCCCAACAAGAUUAAGAUGACCUCUUUUUAAAAGGUAAAUAUAAUAAAUUUAUUAUUUCUAAUUAACCAUUAAUUAAUGAAACUGAGAGCAUCAAUCCACACAUAUAUUUCCACAUGAAAUCAAAAUAAUCAGCCUUUUAAAAAUAUGAUAUCAUAUUAUAUCAAAAGUAUAUUAUAUUUAUUUAUUUUUAAGUAUAUGAUAUUUAGAUUUCAAAAAGUAAUAUACCCUUAUGUAUAAUAUAUACUUGUUUAGUAUACUUUUUUUUUUCUGCUUUAAUUUACUUUUGAAAAAAAAUCUUACAAACAUUUCAGCCCAUGUGUGCUGUAUUAUUCUGCACAGAGUUGGUAAAAUUUAAUUAUUUUCACAAUGUUUGUAAGAAUAAUACAGCACACAUGGGCUGAAAUGUUUGUAAGAUUCGGCUAAUCAGCUUGCCAUAAAGAGGUCACUUGACCUAGCAGGCAGCUAGAAGCACAGUUGUUCCUAAAUAAAUACAUAACCAUCCAUGGUAUUUAUUUAUAUGUUUGACAGAAUCAUGCCUAUAAUGUAAUCUAGAGAUUCUAAACCUUCAUUCUGUAUGAUUUCUUUGAAAAAUACUGCACGGAUUGAUGAAAACUGAGAGAAGUUUUGGAAGCCAAUAUGAUUGAAUGGCCGAUUCUGCUUUUGACAACGUCACUUGCGGAUCGUAAAAAAAACACAUGCGAAUGUUACAAUCCAUCCCAAACUUCACCUAAUUCAAGUUAAAUGUAUAUUCUAUAAAAAGUAUUGGGUUUGAAACAAAAAAAUAAUAGCCUUCAUAGCGGAUUUUGAUGGCAAACACGAGAGAAAUGUUGCUUCGCUUAUAACUUUCUUCUUAUGGCAGAUAACUUGGAAAUUCGAACGUGAGAAUCAACGUGAGGACGUAAUUUACGUUACUAGUAUAUGGGCUUUAGAGGUAUUCACAAAGCAAAGAUAAGAAAGAUUUCCUAAGUCACCGACGCGUCUGGCGCUGAUAACCUGCAGCGCUCGUGCGUAUAUAGGUCAGAUUGUCACAUACCUAUACUCUAUUUGUGUCCCUUACCAAUGCGUUGAUUACUGAACCAGGAGAUUGAGAUACAACUCUGAGAUUUAGUUUGGAUUGAUUUAUCUUUAAUUAUUCUCAUCUUAAACAUGACAGAUUGUCCAAACACAGAAAAACUCCUGAGAUCCACACGCUGUUAUAAAUAUGGCGUUUAUUAAAGAGGAGACUGAAGACGUGAAGAUUGAAGAAACAUUGAGAUUAAAACAAGAAGAUACUGAGGAACAAACAGGGCAAAAAGAAGUUUGAAAAGGCUGAGCGACAGUAUACUGUUUUCAAACAUUCCAACACCCCUGCGCUGCAGGAAUACAUUUAUGUAAAUGUAUUGUGCUGCUCACACAGCAAUGAUGCAAUGAUGAAGUGUAUCAAGACCUCAUUAUGCUGAAGGAGGAGCACAUAGUACCGAAUGAAAUGGAAGAGAAAGAACAAUGUGAGACUCAUCAUGAUUUUAAAACCGAGGAAGAAUCUUUCAGUCGGCCAAAGAUUAAAGAGAUUUUCUCACAGAAAACAGCUCAUAAAACAGAAACAGAAAGUUAUUUCACCCCUUUUCACUGUGAAAAGAGUUUUAGUGAGCAUGGAAACCUUAAAGUCCCCAUGGAAAUUGACACUGGAGGGAAGACAUUCUCCUGCCAACAAUGUGGAAAAAGAUUCAAUAGAAAAGGACACCUUAAAGACCAUAUGAAAGUUCACACUGGAGAGAAGUCUUUUACCUGCCAACAGUGUGGAAAGAGUUUCAAGCAUAAAGGAGACCUUAACAGGCACAUGAGAAUCCACACCGGAGAGAAGUCUUUCACCUGCCAACAGUGUGGAGUCAGUUUCACACAUAAAGGAAACCUUAAAGUGCAUAUGAGAAUUCACACUGGAGAGAAGCCUUAUACCUGCCAACAGUGUGGAGUCAGUUUCACAAACAAAGGAAACCUUUACAGGCACAUGGAAAUUCACACUGGAGGAAAAUCUUACACCUGCCAACAGUGUGGAGUCAGUGUCACUCAUGAAAGAAACCUUAAAGAGCACAUGAGAAUUCACACUGGAGAGAAGCCUUACACCUGCCAACAGUGUGGAGCCCGUUUCACAUAUGAAGGAAAACUUAAAGCGCACAUGAGAAUUCACACUGGAGAGAAGCCUUACACAUGCCAACAAUGUGGAGUCAGUUUCACACAUAAUGGGAGCCUUAAAGUGCACAUGAUAAUUCACACUGGAGAGAAGCCUUACACUUGCCAACGGUGUGGAGUCAGUUUCACCAAUAAAGGAAACCUUUACAGGCACAUGAAAAUUCAUACUGGAGAGAAAUCUUACACCUGCCAACAGUGUGGAGUCAGUGUCACUCAUGAAAGAAACCUUAAAGUGCACAUGAGAAUUCACACGGGAGAGAAGCCUUACAACUGCCAACAGUGUGGAGUCAGUUUCAGAAAUAAGGGAAACCUUUACAGGCACAUGAAAAUUCACACUGGAGAGAAAUCCUACACCUACUAACAGUGUGGAGUCACAUAACAGAAACCUUAAAGUGCAUUUGUGACCCUGAACUACAAAACCAGUCAUAAAGGGUAUAUUCUUAGAAAUUAAGAUUUAUACAUCAAAUAAAUAAGAUUUUCAUUGAUAUAAGGUUUAUUAGGAUUGAAGAAUAUUUGGCGAAGAUACAACUUUAUCAAAAUCUGGAAUUUGAGGGUGAAAAAUAAAGCUAAAUACUGAGAAAAUUCUUUAAAAUUGUCCAAAUUAAGUUUUUAGCAAUGCAUACUGCUAAUCAAAAAAAAAGAGUUUUGAUUUAGUUCCAAAACAGAAGUUGUGCUUCUCAGCUCCUCCCAUAAAUUGCGUACUGCUGGAUCUUUAAAGGCCGUGUUGCAGGGUUAAUUUUUCAACAAAUUUGUGCAAUUUGCUUGUUGGUAAUAAACAUUUAACCUGUUAACUGUCACUCAGGUUUUUGAAGACAGACAUGAAUGUGCAUUAUACAAACAUAAAUUUUUAUAAUUCAUGACUGAAAACAUUUUGUAACAUGAUUUUGAUGUACCAUUUACAUGGUAAUGCAAUGUCUGAUUUUAAAAUGGGUUUUGAAGGAUGUAUUUUGAGAUUUUAUGGUUUCAAGUGAUAUAUAACUUCUGAUGAUUUCUAAAAAGUGAUGGAGAAAAAGGCAACGAGGAAGUCUUUUUUUUAUAAACAAAGGUAAAAGCUCCUUUUGUAAUGUAGAUUUCUGAGGGUGCACUCUUGUCAUAAAUUCAUCUAUUACUUUUCCUACAUAAUUUUUAACAAAAAAUAUUGGUAAAAUAUAUAUUUAGGAGUCUUAGACCUUUCCAACAAUAUAUAGUUUGUCAUGAUUAGAUUAGAUUUGAUUGUAAUAUAGUAUAGUCAACGUAGGCGUCCCGUAUACGGGACGGGGUGACAUUUAACAGGUUAAACAGUUUUGUAUUGUAUUGUAUUUUAUGUUGUUGGGUAUCACAAAACGAAAUAUAAUACGAAAAAGUAGGUACUAUCUUACAGCGGUCUCCUUUCCCCCACAAUUACGUCACAUUGGGGAGAGAAUUUGCAAUAGCCCGCCUUGAGAGCAUUGAGAGUGACUAGAGAGAGAGGAGUAGUAGACGAGAGUAUUCAGAUUAUAGAUAAAUACAUAGAUAUAUAUAGACUAGAUAUAUAGAUAGAUAGAGAGACAGACAGAUAGAUAUCGACCAAGAGCGACCAAAAGGCACUACCAUGGGACAGCACCGCCCACACAAGCACCUGCCAAACACAGCGACACAUGGCUACGUUUGCAACAACAUUUUCACCGGUGGAAGAGAUAAACGCUUAGAAAUGUCCAUAUAGCUAGCAUGAUGCCUUAUAUUUCUAGAUGACAAAGACAGAGUUUACCAGUUCUAUGACACUAUGACAAAGGUUACCGGUACUUAUCUAUAGAACUAACGUCAUGAUCACUGCCACUAGAUAUAAAGAAAACGUAGAUUUUUCACUUGGUGCUAUUCAAUGACUGUAAAAAAUAUGGCGUUAUUGUGCACUGCUGCUUGUAGACUAGCUUCAGUGCUCACUGCUGCGUUGCUAAAUGAUAACAACUCACCAGGACACUUUACCAACUCUCCACUCAUUCUCCUAGGACCAUGCAUUUAAUUGGAUUUGACGGACAUCAGUUCUUGGCAAUUCCUCAUUUGCCCUCUUAAAUCUGGCUGGUUUGAAAUUACACUAGAUGUUUGAAAGCCAUGAGCAUCUCUCUAACACGAUAAAGGCCAAAAAACAUCUCUAUAGGCUAUUAAGGGAUGAUAUUGUAUAAUUUAAAACAAACCAAAUGGUCUGCACUUUGUUACUGAAGGCAACUAUUUUUCUCAGCACUAGGAAUGGGUGACUGGCGAAGUCCAAAUGCGUGCUUGAUUACCCAUUCACAUUUGAGUUGCUUUAAAGUCAGGUGCGUCUCUGACACACGCAAAGGCUGUGUGUUGAAACGGACAGUUGGCUUGGAAGCUAAAGGCUGAUAAAGUAGGCUAUAAUACAGGUCAUUAGAACAAAAGCAAAUUUUCUGCACAUUGCUGUUGCUGAAAGCGUCAGAUAUCACGCACUUGAAUUGGCUUGCAAAGUCCAACUGCAUCCUGUUAAAUGCCUGUGGGUUGCAUUGAUGGUUGACAGCCAUGAGCGUUUCUCACACACGAUAAAGGGUGUAUGCUGAAUUUGGCCAAUAUAGUAUACUAUAUACUCCUCCGGGCAAUUAAGGGAUGAUGGAACAUAUAUUGUCAUGUUUUUAGUUAGGAUAACUAGCGCACAUUCACGUUUAAAUUGGUAGGCUGCCACAGGCCAAUUUAAAACUAAAUGAAAUUGUAGCCUAAGCACGCUACUGUUGCUGAAAGCGUCUGAUAUCACGCAUUUGGAUUGGCUGGCAAAGUCCUUCUGUGUCCUAUAAUACGCUGGUGGGUUGCAUUGGUGGUGGUUAAGCUGAGCCUCUCUCACAGACGAUAAGGGUGUUGAAAAUGUCAAAUAGAUUCCUCUUGAAAGAUAAAUAAUGGAAAACAUUGACCUCCUAUGUUAGGUGCAGGCAAUCCUAAUUCUAGAUCAAACGUAAGUCAUUGUUGCGGGAAACAUCUGUUACAUGUAGUCAAUGAUGAGGUCAAUUGAUGACUGGCGAAGCCCUGAGCGUGUAACUACAUCGCGGAUGGUUUUACAUUUGAAGUUGGUUGAAAGCCAUGUGCGUGUCAGAUUUACGUAAAAGGGUGCUAUAUGAGUGGGCAGAAAACGCAGAAGGACGUGACAAAACGGCCUUAUAUGACGCCCUGAAAUGAGAACGGGUUGUACAUUUAAUAAACCUACAAGGUUGAUGUACAAAUCUGCAGGUAAUUUAGCUUACAUUUAGCAUUACACUAUUUUUCACAAUUAAUAACAUCAUGUCUAUUGACUGUUGAAUAUUUGCUUGUAUUUGAGUUUGAGUAAUCUCUGGCCCUAAUAAAAAUAAAUGUUUCAUUGACAAA